AUGACAGAUGUUGAUGGUUAUUACUUUGAUACAUCCCUGACACAAAGCACGUACACACAGCGAGCAUACCAUACCAGCGGAAGCUUGCCAAUGAAGAGAAUAGCAACUGGUAGACAGCCUACAAUUGAUAAAUCUCCGAUGAAAGAAAAGGUAGUCUUAGCUAGCUAUCCCGAAAGUCAGGAUGUGCUGGCAACAGAAUGCGACUUCGAAAGCAAAGAUACUUUAAAGAUGGACAUUAGGAGUGAAAGUGGAAAUGCAGAUAUCCAUCGCAAGGCACUGAAGUCAUCAGUAAGUGGAAACUCGGAACAGGGAUCCCAUAUAAGUGAUACAACUGAUGCGAAUGACCUGAACACUUCACAUUCUUCGUACAGAGAGCGAUUGGCAUCCUUAGCACAGAUUAAAAGGACUAAAAUGCUGACUGAUGACAACUACGAGAUGCUAAAGAUGUUGGUGUUUACAGUAUCGCUGGUCUGUAAUGCAUGUAUAUAUGGUGGACUGUUUGCGCUGGCCUGGUAUAAAUUUAGUCCCGACCCAGCAGAUAGAGUUGGGCACACGAGAGCGGUAGUCACCAUCCUGUUCAUUGUUCCCAGCAAAAUCCUUGGUACUCACAGCAAUGAGUAUCGCAAGGCGUACAUUCUGAUCCUAGCCUGGGCACUGAUGGUCAUGAUACCCAGGUCUGUACUUUUUUAUAUCAACCCGAACGGCUACGAUCUAGCUGUUGAUUUGAUCAUAGCGUGCGCUACCAGUUUCUGGUUUUUGGUGCUGAUAUACUAUACCUGGAAGUGCAAGGGGGUGACGCAGACCUAUUCAGAUUGGAAACAAAAUGUGUAUGCAGGCUUGGGAAUCGCCGUGCUACCAUUAUUUAUACUGAUUAUGCGAGCCAAUGUAUUUACAGAAAUUCCAGAUAAUUACGUCACCAACAGUGGCAUAAUCCUGCUCAGAACCUUUGUGAUUUUCUUCAUGCAGUCCAUCGCAGUGACACAGCUCUUCAGCAUCACUGCAGCUAUAGUGUUCUUCGACCUGAAAACUUCAGAAAAGCUCGACCCCGAUAAAUUGUUCGAGAAUUCGCUGGUAAAACAAGAUACAAAGCGAUUGUCGACAAUUGAAUCGACAUGUAUCGUACGAAAAUCUUCGUUCAAUGAGUAUGGACCCUCUUUCCCUGUACGCACAGCUGUAAUCAUAACCGAGUAAAAAAUAAAAAAGUAAAUAAAAUGCCCAUAUAUAGCACUUGCAACUUGCAAGAUAGCUAGUUUUUAACUUCAUUCAUCUGUC